CUGAUGUAUUAUUGUUGUAUAAUUGUAAAACUAGGAGUCAUAACACUGCACCCGCGCAUCUCGCUAAACUUAAUAUUAUAGCUAACAAUAUUUGCUCUUUCUGUUAUAAUAACGAGAUCGCAGAUAUCUUUUUUAAAUGCCAAAACCAAAUAUUCAUUUUUAAUAGACUAAUAUUGGCAAGUGAAAUAAUGGAAAUUAGUGAUCCCUCCCGCCGCCAGUUGUGUGAUUUGCUCAAAAACAAAAAGUGUUAUAGUGCAUUAUAUAAAUACAUUAAAAAUACCGUGGGGAAGAUUUAAGAAAACAAGUGGAACGAUAGAAUAACAUGUGAAUUACUGACCGUAAAUAAGACUUGGCUUAAAGGUCUCGUUACCAGGCCAUAAAAUUAUUAAAAAAAAAAACUUGGAGUAACAUAUAAAUAUUUGUAUUUAAAGAAAGAAAACCUACAACCCAUGGUCAUAUUCUUUACGAAAGUCCUUUUACGUAUCUGAGAUUGAUAAGGAAAUCUUCAAAAAAAUAAUGGAAUCUACAGAACGCUUCUGUAAUGACAUGUUUGAUGAAAUACCCGGAAAAUGUAAGGAUGAUGAAUUGGAUGCAACAAAAAGCGUAACUUCUAUUACAAUGUCAACACCAAGUCAAAAUAAUCCUAGGGAAACCCAAGUUUUAUCACAAACAAGAAUUGUGGGUGAAGUAUGUCUGACUCCUACAAAUCGAUCAUUUACACCACAAAUUCUCAAUCCACAUUCCUCAAUGGUACCAAUUACCCCAUUGGCUAGUGCUGCCAGUCAAGUUAAAAGCAGUAUUAAAUUGCAAAAUUGUGUAGCAACUGUUAGUUUAGGAUGUGAACUUAACUUGUUAGACAUUUAUUGUCGGACUAGGUAUUCUGAAUACAAUCCAGCAAGAUUUCAUGGAGUGGUUAUGAAAAUUUUAGAGCCCCGGGCAACAGCUUUGGUUUUCAGAUCUGGAAAAAUUGUAUGCACAGGAGCAAAAAAUGAACAUGAUGCUUACAUAUCAACAAGAAAAUUUGCUAGGAUUGUGCAGAAAUUAGGAUUUCCGGUAAAGUUUUUAAACUACAAAGUUCAAAAUUUCAUUGCAACUGCAGAUUUACGAUUUCCCAUUAGAUUAGAAGCACUUCAACAAGCACAUGGCCAGUUUGCAUCUUAUGAACCAGAACUAUUUCCUGGCCUGGUAUAUAGAAUGGUGCGGCCAAGGGUUGUUUUGCUAAUAUUUGUUAAUGGAAAAAUGGUUAUUACAGGUGGCAAGUGUCGGUCUGAAAUCAACGAAUCAUUAGAUAUUAUUUAUCCUAUCCUUAGAAGUUAUAGGAAAAAUUAACAUAAUAUGAAUUAUGAUUGACAUGUUUUAAAAGGCAGGCUCUUACAAUUUAAAUUAAUUAAAAAUUCUUAGAUUAAAGCUUAUUGUAAUUUC